UAAUCAACCUUUUAAAGUAUUACCACUCAUCAGGGAUGUUGUUCGUAUUUCUUUUGCUGGCGUUUCUCGGAUGCACUCCAUCAGUAUUCUCACUAAUUUGCCAAAGAUGUGAAUCUAAAAUCGGGUGGGACGACUGUUAUAAAAAUACGGUGCCGGAAGUUUGCGGUCUAAUUGGUACUAAAAAUACCAGCCACAUGCACCAAUGCUUCCAACUGGAAGAGAUGGAUCCGUAUACGAAACUUGUCCGCUACAGGCAAGGCUGCACCGGAGAUGCCGCCUUCUGUACCGAACGUGAUUCUGUAAACAUGAAACAGUGCUCCCUCUGUACAGACGACAGCAGCUCCAGUGAGUGCACGGCAAUGAAGCAUCGAAUGAAGAUGACUCCUGAGGGCAAGCUGGUGGAAGUAGUUGACGUGAUCCACAUCCAACGGUCCGAAUCCGAUGCAAAACCAGUUAGCUCGUCGGAAACCGUUUCGCAGAAGAAUAGUUCUACGGUCAGUUCCGACAGGGAUGGGACACGUAUUAAUGUUACCAAUCUGCUGAACAAUGCUCUGGGGACCGAGAAGCCAUCAAGAAAGGAAAAUAAAUCAAAUGAGGCGUGUCGUAACAAUACAACUGGCAACACUGUCAAAACGAAUCAAGAAAAUGGAACCAGAAUCGAAGAUACAUCUACAACACCCAUAAAUGCAACAGGCGCUCCGGAUGUGAUAGAAUCAGGAUCAAAUGCGUUGAUCGAAGGAUUACGAUUCUGGAUGGGAAGUCUUUUACUUAUUGUCAGCAUUGUGAAUUACGUGCUAGGCUGAGAAAUAUGUUGACUACUGUAAUCUGAUCCACA